GUUUUUACUUUUUGGGCCUGGAUUAUCCACCUCUAGUCGUGGGCGUGAACUGUUCUCACACACACACACACACACACACACACACACACACUGUGUGGUGUUCUGUGAGGACAGAGUGUGAGUGUGUGGAGAUGAAAGCUGGAGAUCCAGAAGAAGUCCCACCCUGUGAUGUGAUGAGCUUCAUCUCACAGGCUGAUGAGAAGCAGAACCGGGAGGAGGAAGGUGGGGCCGCUUCCGUUCUAAUGGCCCCUCCUCCCUCAGUCCCUGAACACAACCCCAUCAGUGCCCCUGCCCAAGAUGUGCCUCCUCCCCCACCUCCCCUGCCAGGCUCAGGUCAGCGGAGGCGGAGGGUACGGAGUUUCUACUGGAAGCCCAUUCCUGAGGAGCGCAUCCAUCAGCAUGGAGAGCCCAACCUGUGGACGCUCGGCAGGGCUGCUGGGAAACGCAUGUUCCACAUUGAUGUAAAGACCAUUGAGGAACUGUUUGGACAGCAUGAUAAUACACGACCACCCACGACGACCAGCAGGAGGAGCAGCCAGUCACACGGCUCUGUACAGGAAUCCAAAAAGGAGAUUACCAUCCUGGAUUCUAAGAGAAGCAUGAAUGUGGCCAUUUUCCUCAAACACUUUAAGAAAUCCAACCAAUCCAUCAUAGAAGAUAUUCUCCAUGGCAACAGCAAUGCAUUUGGGCCCGAGCCUCUCAGAGAGCUGCUCAAGCUUCUGCCAGAGUCUGACGAGGUAGAGAAGCUGCAGGCGUUCAGAGGAGAUCCAUCACAGCUGGCCAUGGCCGACUCCUUCAUGUACCAGCUCACUGCCUUACCCAGGUUUAAAGUACGCAUAGAGUCAAUGCUGCUGAAGGAAGAGUUUGAUCUUCUCUCCUCAUCUCUGAGGAAAGACAUUUCCACCCUUCGCUCUGCCACCAGAGAGUUGCUGAGCUGUGUGGACCUUCAUUCCAUUCUGCACUUGGUUCUGGAAGCAGGAAACAUCAUGAAUGCAGGUGGUUAUGGAGCGAAUGCUGUAGGGUUUAAACUGUCUUCUCUUCUCUCUUUGGCUGACACCAAAGCCAACAAGCCAGGAAUGAACCUGCUGCACUUUGUUGCUUUGGAGGCUCAAAAGAAAGAUGACCAGCUGUUAAUGUUUCCUGAAAGGCUCCUGCGUAUUGAAAAUGCAGCACGAGUGAAUGUGGAGAGUUUGGAUGAGGAGCUGGGGAAUCUGAGCAGAAGAAUCAGCUACAUAGAAGAUGAUAUUCAGAGCGAUGUUGACCUUCUACAGCAACUCCACACAUUCUUGCAGAGUGCUGCUGUCACUGUUACCGAAGUUAAUAAGAGCAGGGCUGAGCUGCAGAGGGAAGGAGACAAUAUGAUUGAUUUUUUCUGUGAAGACAAAGAAACUUUCAAACUGGAUGAGUGUUUUAACAUUUUCCAACACUUCUGCUCCAAGUUCAGAAAAGCUGUACAGGAAAAUGUGGAGCGUGAAAUGAGGGCGGAGUCUCGGCUGAAGCAUGUAAAGGAUCUGGAGGUUAAGCGCCGUUCAUGGGCAGGGCUUGAUAAACUAGGUGGAGUGUUUGGCUCUCGGUGCAGAAGUGAGACUGACAUGCAGGCAGCUCUGAAGAGAGAAGGGCUUUUGGGUCUUCUCAGGCCCCAUCCCAUCAGCCCCCAGAGUCCUCUGGGGCAGUUUGGGAGCCUCCGUCGCUCCCGGCAACAGCUCAGUGAUGGCGACACUGACCAUUCUGGGUCAGACAUACACACUGUCCCGCAUUCUCCAGAGAUGACUAUUCAAGUGGAAACACACACACUGGUGCCGGCUCUGCAAGCAUUCAGCUUUGAUCCCUUACCUGAUCGUCACCAUGGCAACACCCCCAUUCAAGAACAUGACUUCCAGGAACCCAACCAGGCCAGCCUUAGUGUGACAGAGAAUGGGGUGAAUCCUGAAAUUGAGAGCAGGGGAGGCUGUGAGGAGCCCCAGAACCCUGUUGAAAAACCCUCAGGUACUGCAGCUGGGUCAGAGAUGGAUGUCAGGCCCAAAGAAUCAGAGAAGCCAGAUGAGGAAGAACACAACUCAGCAUGCAGCAACUCUUCCCCUGCCUCACCUACUGCAUUCCACACUGACCAACCAGCAAUAAAUUCAAUGAGUGAUUCCAUGGAGUCCACCAAUCAGACAUCAGAAUCUAAACCCACACAUCAGUUAUCAUUAGAAUCUAGCAAGGUGGCACCUGGAUCUUACAUCACCACCAGCACUGAAGGAGAACAGAAACCACUGAGUCAGUCUGUAAGUCCAGAAGAUAGAAGGUUACCUAGCAAAACGUCCGGACGAGCACCUAAAACAAUGUCCUCCUCCAAACCAGCUGUAGUCCUCCCAAAAUCCUCUUCUUCUAAGCCUUCAGCAUCCACUAAGACCCGUCCUCUUCAUCCUGUGCGGACUCUCACCCCCUCUGAGACUCAGAGCAUGAGGAAGGUCAUUCCUCUCAGCCGAAACCCACAGGCCUCCAGGGCCUCGGCAGUCCAUGUCCCCUCCAGCACCCCACCAGCUCAAAGGACACCUGUGCGGAGGUCAUCUGAGCAGAGGUCAUCUGUACAAUCAUCUGAGCAGAGGUCAUCUGUACAAUCAUCUGAGCAGAGGUCAUCUGUACAGUUAUCUGAGCAGAGGUCAUCUGUACAGUCAUCUGAGCAGAGGUCAUCUGUGCAGAGGCUGUCUGAGAAGAGGUCAUCCAUGCAGAAGUCAUCCAUGAAAAAGGCAUCCAUGCAGAUGUCAUCUGUACAGUCAUCUGAGCAGAGGUCAUCUGUGCAGAGGCUGUCUGAGAAGAGGUCAUCCAUGCAGAGGUCAUCUGUGAAGAAGGCCGUGGUUCAGCAGAAAUCUCCACCAGAGGAGAAGAUGUGUCGCUCCACACUGCGCGCUCUCGCUCAGGCUGGGGGCAAUGUAGCUCCACCCACCCAACAAAACUCCACCCACAACCAUGCCCCCCACUUCGCUCAGGGCACUGUGGCCUCCACAACUCGCAGUGCUCCUGUCACCCCUGGCAACGUUCCUGUCAAGCAUGGUACCAUAGAAACCACAUCAAAACGACCUUCACUGAAUCACACAACAUCCCUCAGACUGGCACAAAGUGGUGUGACCUCAGCAAGUAAAGUGAUCUCACCGAGCAUGCCCACUAGAGCCAAAAGUGUUCGGCUGACACCUUCUGCACCUUCUGCACCUUCUGUUGGCCAUGUCAAUAAGAACAUUGUUAGUCCCUUUGAUAAAUCAGCCUUUUGCCGAGACUCUCAGGACAAGCCCCACAGACCUGCCUGGAGAUAAGGACGAGCUUAUACAGGUCAGGACAAGAUUAUUCCAUGGGUUUGAUGGGUGCCUGUCCAGAUGCCCAAGCCACUUAGUGGGCCCAUCUGAAUAAUUAUUACCAAGUAGCUUCUCAGGUUAUACAGGUCUAUAAAACAUAGCUGUACUGUAAAUGAAUUCAGUAACACUAAACUAAUGUUUGGUAAAUUAUGGCAUUAGGCAGCAUAGGCAUGACUUAUGCUAAGCAUGCUGGAGACAUGUUUCCUACACUUAUUGAAAUGUCCAGUUUUGUCUUUGACACUGAGACUUAAGACGUUCUGUCCUUAAUAGUGUUUUGGGCAGAAAAUCUUUCUAAAAUGUCGCUCUGAUCCUGCAUAAAUAGAUCUCUGAUGGCUACACAUGGCAGGGUCGCCACUGGGAACCUGACUCUCACCGAUCAUGGCGAACUGUCAUUCAUCUUUUGCCAAGCCCUCAUCCUCGUCCCCACAAAAGUUGUUUCAAAACAAAGUUAGUCAGGUUUAAAAUAAUUAUAACAUCAAGUCAUGCACUUCUUAACUGCUGACUUAAGUUUUUAAGACACGAACAAGUGUAAGCAAGUCAUAAAUCAAGAGGACACAGAGCAGUAAGUACCAGCAGUAAGUUGUUUAAUCACCAACCUAAAGACCAUGUAGGCAGAUAACAGUGCAUCAGCAGGUAACACCAACAUGGAGGUGAAGGGUGCUGUUAGUGGUUGCAGGCUGAUUCCUGCUAAAACGUCACUGGCCCCACGGUGACUACAAGCUGCCAUGUGUUGCAAGUUAGGUUGGCACAAAAAUCCAGACCGUGUGGGGGUACCUGAGGACCAGUUCGAGAACCACUGGUGUAUAUUUACAAAAGAGUUGCUUUUCUGUCUUAUUCAUAAACAAAUAUUUAGCAAACCUACAAUUAAGAACAUCGUGUAAUUUUCAUACAGCAGGUCAAACCCAUGUAUUUGAGCACCUGGCCCCACUUAUAUUUUCUAUCAGUCAAGGCUGGGCACUCUGUUCUUGUUUAAAUUUGGAUUGAAUGCAUGGACACCGUUUUAACCUGUCAGCUGAACAUGCCGCUCUUUUCUUGUGGCUCUAUUACACUCCCUUGUUUGAUUUAAUCUGAAGUAAGGGAGAACGGGGGACCCCCUUCAGAACACCGUGAACCUAAAUUAUAAGUUUUAUCAUUUAGGUUAUUAUGUAUAGGAUGAUAAUUCACACUGUAACAGCAGUCAGUUCUGUUUCUAAAACACACCAAAGAACAUCUCAAAAGGAGCACCAUGCUGCUCUACUGGGACAAGAUGCCCCUCUAUCUGGUGGUAAAGUCCCCCCCCUGGUGAUUCUUGCAUCAAUUUGUCAACUCGUUAUUGUAUAUGUGUAUUUAUUAAAUAUGACAGAAUGAA